AUGUAUGGAUAUAAUGAUGUAGAUGGUGUGUAUAAUGAAAUGGAUGGAAGCAGCUGCAACCCUCUUGACAUUGACUUCAGCAAGGAGGACUCUGACAUAUACGUGGGAAGGACGUUCAAGCACAAAGCGGAGUGCAAGUUGACGUUGGCUAUCUACGCAAUUGCGAAGGUGUGCACGUUUAAGCUCAGGCAUUGCAAACGCCGACUGACGGCGAAAUGCUACGAAAAAGAAUGCAAGUGGAGAGUAGUGGCUGUUCAACUCGGUGAUUCUCCAACUUAUCUGAUUAAAAAGGCAAUUCUGAAUCAUGUAUUCGUAGCCGACGUUAGAGGGAAGUAUAAAAAACAUGGUAAAGCCAAAGUGCUUGCAGCUCUAUUGCGUUUGAAAUACGAGAGGCUCUACUCUGGGCCGCGUGCUAUGGAACUUCUGGAAAUGUUGCGACCGGAAUUCAACUAUACAUGCUCAUACUGGAAAGCUUGGAAAGCGAAAGAACUAGCGAUUGCAGACAGAGGAGGAUUCAUACAAGAUGCUACCACAGUACUUCCAUCAUGCAUCGAUGGAUGGAAGUACCUGAGGAAGGUGCUAGUGGUGGACGGCACCCACAUGUUUGGAAAGUACAAAGGUGUUUUGCUAAGUGCCAGCGGACAAGAUGCUAACAGCCACGUAUUCCCGAUUGCUUUCGCAGUUGUGGAAAGCGAGAACACUACUGCGCAGCAAUUUUCGCAGCGAAAGAUAAAUGGUACCCACGUGCACACCAUGAAAGCAAUGGUUGGCAGAGCUGGGGAAGCGCUCAGAGUUUCGGAGUUUAAGGAGAUAAUGGAGCUUAUUAAACUGACGGAUUGGAGAUGCUGGGAUUAUUUGGAGAAGAUCGACAAGAAGGUAUGGACACGUUCACAUUUCGAAGGGGAGAGAUUUAACGUGAUGACUUCUAACGCUGCUGAAUUGUUGAAUAAUGCUCUUCUACCCGCUCGUGAUAGUCCUAUAAUGGCAUUGUUCGAGUUUAUUCGCCGGAAGCUGUGUACAUGGUAUGUGAGCAGACGCACCGAGAUCAGUAAGAUGAAGGGAAAUGUUCCAGAUAAUAUUCAAAAGAUACUGGUCGAACAGCUGGUGCUGUCAACGGGCCUUCUAGUUAUGCCAUGUUCGACUUGGUUAUUCGAAGUUACGCACAGGCCAACUAAUUUUGGUUUCACUGUUGAUCUGGAUAAACGAACUUGCACUUGCCUCGAAUUCCAAAAGCUUGGUUUGCCAUGCCGACAUGCCAUUGCUGCUGCUUCUUGCCGUAAUAUGCAGUACACCAUGUUUGUUUGCAAACACCAUCUCAAAGAGACAUGGGCUGAAACAGUUAGGGCUAUCAUACUUCCGGUUCCGGAUCCAAAGGAUGUUGAAAUGCCAGCCGAAAUACUAACGGUUGAUCUUUAUCCACCAACGACCAAACGAACGAAGGGAAGACCAGGAAUCAAACGUAAACUGUCCGCAGGAGAGAUACCGGUAAGACUGUUGUGUUGA